AUGUUUUUGGGGAACCCCAGAUUGAUCGACGAUUGCUCAAGUCUGGGCGGGAAUGAGGCCAGUGACCUCAUCGUCAGCUGCCCCGACGCUAAACCGGAAGCAGAGUUUCCAUUACCCAACGCGAAUAUCAUGAGUGGCAGAAAGAUGUCUUGGACCAGCCAGCAAAAGGGCGUGUUUCCCUUCUUUCCAGGGCAUCAAUGGCCAUCUCCAACUCAGCGCUGCAUUCCUGCCCUCUGCCCGCUCUCUUCCGCGGAGAUCCUCGUGGUUACAAUGUAUGAGUCCUCGUUUUGCGUGCCGACUUUUCCACCGUCUUCUCAGUGCUGGCCGGAUGGCCCCAUUCUAGUAUUUUAA